AUGAAAGACAUUUGUAACUAUCCCAUAGGACAAGAAGUAAUAUUAGAUAAACUGAUAUAUGAAAAGAGAUUUUUAAAAAAUAAGAAGAAGCAAAAUAAAAUAAAAAAUGUAAAUGAAUUGAAUUAUUAUUUGAAUAAUAAAUUUGACUUUUUCUUGGGUCAUAUGAAUUUUAUGAAAAAGAUAUUUAAAAAGAAAAAGAAGUUUUUAAAAGAUGAUGAGAGAGAUAAACAUAAGUAUAGAAUUAAAAAAGAGAUAGGAAUGAAUAAGAAAAUAUGUGGUAAGAGAAAAAAUGUAUCAAAUGAAUGUGACAAGAAAAAGAGACUUCAUAAAGAAAGAAGUAUUGAAAAUGAUGAUACUAAGAAUAAAUAUAAUAAUAAUGAUGUCUCACAUUGUUCUAAUAAUUCUUCUAGUUAUAAUAAACAGACAAUAGAUAUACAAAAUGUAUCUGAAAAGAAUGAAUGUAAUAAAAUAAAGAUAGAAGGAAAUAUUUGUGAUAUAAAAAAUGAACAGGAUGAUAUGGAUGAAAAACAUUCUUUUAAUAAUUCAAUUAAUAAUUGUAAUGUUAAUAUGUAUAAUAAAAAAAAUGAAAUAAAUAAUGUUGUACAGGUUAAAAGGGAAAAAUCGAUCGAAAAGCAAUUAGAAAUAAAAUAUAAUGAUAAUAUAAAUGAUAAUAUAUGUGAUAAAAUAUGUGAUAAAAUAUGUGAUAAUAUAAGUAAUAAUACAUGUAAUAAUAUAUAUAAACAUAAUAAUAAACUUAUAAAUAAUAAUUAUUAUUAUUAUUAUCAUUGUGAUGAGGUAUCAUCUUUAUUAUCUGAAGAAGAUAAAAAACUUCAUUCGUUCAGUCCUUUAUCUAAUAAUUCAGAAUUAAGCAACGUAUCUAAUAUGUCUCCUGAUAUGCUUUGUUUUGAAAAACAAUUUAAAUAUAUAUAUGAUAUUUAUAAACAAAAUGAUAAAAAUGUUUUUCUCUUUUAUAAUCCUCCUGUAUGUAAAUGUGUAAAUAAAAAUUUAAAGGAACAAUAUUUUCGAAGACUGAAUGAUAAAUAUCCAUGUCUUUUUAAUUGUUCAUAUUCUUUAGAUUCUAUGAAAAAAAUAAAAAAUGAUUUUAAAAGAAAAAGUGAAAAUAUUAAUGAUAAGAAUAAUAUCAAUAAUUCCAAGGAUGAAAAAAGUAACAACAAAUUAUUAAAUGAUAUAGAAGAUAAGAAAGAAGUUGCAGAUCAUUACAAUAUAAAUAAGAACUGUGAACAGAAUAUAGAAGUACCAAUGAAGAUAGAUAUAAAUUGCCAACAAGAAAAUAUAAACGUGUCACAUAAUUAUAGUGAGGUGGCUUCUUAUGCAGUAGAAAUAAAAAUGUAUGCAAAGGCUUUUUUCGAAUUAUAUUUCAUGCAAAAAUAUGGAAGGAAUAAAGAUGUUUUAAAGGUUAAGUAUGAUAAUAAUAAUAAUAAUAUUAAUAAUAAUAAUGAUAAUAUUGAGGAUCAUGAUAAACAUCCAAAUAAAAACAAUAGUGAUAAUAAAAAAACUCAUGAUGGUAUUCAUAUUAAACAAAGCGAUGUGAAUAAUAUCAAUAACAAUAUUGAUAUACAUAAAAAAAAUAACAAUAAUAAUAAUAAUGAUGAUGAGAAGAAGAAACUUUGCUUGUCCUUCUUUUCAUCAACUGAAGAAGAAAAAGCUUUAAAAACAUACUUUGAUAAAUGUUUAUACAAAAUAAUAAAAAGAAGAUCUAGAACUUGUGAUAAUAAUUUAUGUUGUGGUUUAUUAUAUAUUCCAUAUAGUUAUAUUGUUGUGUUGUUAAAUAGAAAGGUAGAGAAUCUAACAUAUGCAUGUACUUUUUUGAGAAUCCCUUCAGAUACAGAUAUAUAUUAUAAUAAUAAAAAGAAUGUAAUAACAUUAUGUACAAAAAAUUCUCAACAUGAAUUUUUUUGUUAUUAUUCUUUAAAGCAAAAUAAUUAUGUUAAAAAUAUUAUUAUAUAUGAUAUCUAUUAUGAAGGAUUCAUUCCUUUUUUUAGACCAAUACUUAAUUUAAAGAAUAAAAAAAAUCAAGACAAAAUACAAAACUUUAUUACUUAUAAUAAAAAUAUAAAUUUAUCUAUUGUUUUUUUUUUGACAAAUACAAGAGAGAAAACCGAAAAAUAUAAAUCUGAUGAAAAUGUGGAGGAUGAUGUGUAUGCUUCAAAUGAGGAAAAAUCAAAUAUACAAUGUAACAAAGAAGAUGAAAAAAAUGAAGAGAGCAAUAUGAAAGAUAAUAAUACUUAUGGCAUUUCUAACAAUAGUAACUAUGAUGAUGAUAUAAAAAAAAUGAGACUUAAAAUUUGUAAAAUAUUUAAUAUUAAUCAUCGUAAUAAUCUAAAUAACAAUAUGAGUACUUCAAAGAGAAAUAUGUCACAUGAAUCUAAUCCAGAAGAUAAUAUUGAGAAAUAUUUUUCAAACCUUUGUAGUGGUAUGGAAGUAAUAAAUAAUAUGAAUAUAAAAAUGGUGGUAGAUAAAAUUAUUAAGAUAAUAAAUAAAAAUGAUAGUGUAUGUAAUGAGAAGUGUAUAUAUCAUGAAUAUAAUAAAAAUUAUAUGAAAUAUAAAGAUAUACAAAUAUAUUUAUGUGAAGAAAUUAAUUCAUUUAGUUUUGAUCGUCGUCCUUUAGUAAUUAAAAAAAGGGAAGUAAAUUUAUCAUCAUAUGUACAUUUUAAUAAAAUUAUUAAUAAUUUAUAUGAACAAAAGAAUUGUGGUCACUUAUUAGGAUUAAUUAAUCAGCAGUUAGAUAAUGAUAUUUUUAUUAAAACAUAUAUGAAGGAGAAGAUAUUAAAAGGGGGUGUAAAUAAUAAUAUGUUUGAUCAUAGUAUUUGUUCAAAAGAAGAUAAUAAGGAUAAUAUCUAUUCUGAUCAUAAUAAUAAUAAAAAAAUAUCUUUUUCUUCUUCUUCUUCUUCGAAUGAAAUAAAAUUGGAAGAAAACAAUCAAACUAUUUUAAAUAGUUCAGAUAUACCAAAAAAUAAUGAUGUUAAUCAUAACAUAGUUGAUGAUACAUAUUUAAACAAUAUAAAUAAUUUUCAUAAUAAUAAUAAAAAUAAUAGUGAUGAUAAUAUUUUGAUAACUGCUUCAGAAGAUAAAGAAACUAUAAAAAAAUGUACUGAUAAUAUAUUCAAUGAUACCUUUUUUAUUUUUAAUGAGAAUUCCGACUUAUAUACAAAUGAAGAAUAUAAAAAGAAUAGAAUAGAUACUAUAAAUAAUAAAAAUAUAAUAAAUGAAUAUGCAAAAAAUAAAAUGUUGAAAUAUACAAGUAACAAUUAUUUAAGUAAUAAAAUAUCUACAAAUAUCUUGCAGAACUUAUUUAAUAUAUAUGUUUCUUCUUAUUUAAUGAAAAAAAAUAAUUAUAAUAUAUCUCAUAUAGAAAAAAAAAAAAAAAAAAAAGAAUUUAAAAAUUUAUCAAAUAUAUAUAAAUUAAAAUAUAUGAAAGAAUGUUAUUAUUUUUUAUUCAAUAUGUAUAAAAAUAAAUUCCACAUACAAAUAAAAGAACAAGAGGAAAAGGUAAUACACAAAUAUAAUUGGAUGUAUGAGGAUUUUUAUUUAAACAGUCUUAUGUCUCAAAAAAGAAAAAAGAAAAAAAAUGUGAAAGAGAAAGAGAAAAUGAAAGAGAAGGAGAAAAUAAUAUAG